ACAUGUCGUUGUGUCAAGCUGCCGCUACUUCCAGGCCUCAGUGACGCUCUGGAUAGAACGGGGCUCAUGCUCCGACUGCUCCUUCUGCUGGUGACACGACUUGGACCGUCCUCUGGAGACUGUCCGCGACUUUCGGGAGGUUGUGCUUGCUCGAGGGUUCGAGAAAAAGCGUGUGCCAUCCAUACAAGCUGCUCAUCGUCGCUCUCAUCCAGACGAAUGGCAUCUGGGCUGUCGUAAUUGAUGGCUCGAAGCGUUUGAGUCGAGCUGGAGGAAAGUGGCGUAGGCUUGGCCAAGGGUCGUGGUGGACUUUUCAGAGCAUAGCCUGCCGUUCCAUAGGCCGAUUGAGCAUGAGCUCCGAAGCUUCGAUUCUUAAAUUCUUCAGGUGUGACCAGACCGCAUGCCCUUGCUUCUUGCCACCGCCGUUCUUCCGCGGGCGACAGGGACCGCUGCGAGGAGUGUGUGUCGUGGAUCGAUGCAGCGACGCCUCGCACACAAGUCGAUAUGCAGUUGACAGCCCACACGGCCAUUUCGUACCAAGCGGCCCAGGGAAGAGCGAUGGGAUCGGUACUUCGAGCUGGCAAGCAUACAGCAGCAAGAAGGGGUGUGAUGGGGAACAUGAGAAGCAGAGCAAGGCUCAGCAACCACAGCACGGUCACGAACAUACAGACGUAAACAGUGGCUUCCAGCAGACCAGUGAUGGAUUUGAUCCGGAUCUCGCGUCGUCCAUUGGCACUGUACCGCAAGAUACCCGACUUAUCCAUCUUCUCGUCCCGGGAAUUCUCUCUAGAGACUCUGUGCUAUUCUACACUGUAGAAAGGAUGUCUCCACCUCCGCCUCCGCCUCCGCCUCCGCCUCCGCCUCCACGAAGACCACUCGGAACGCGAUAUCCCGGCAGAAUAGAACUACUGUAUGGACAUGAGUCAGCAUUUCCACGUGAUUACUCGGCCUCAUCUUGGGUCCCGUCGGUCGCGGUCGCCUGCUCCUCGUCCUUCAAAUCAUCACAACGGAAUCAAAGAUGGCCGAAAGGACCGAAAAGAGGCACGAGGAGGGCUUUCCGUGGCACCUGGGCGUGUUCGACGCGCAUUGCCAUCCCACAGACACUCUUUCUACCCUGCAGUCAAUUCCUUCCAUGCGAGCAAAAGUCUUGACAAUCAUGGCGACAAGAGCACAAGACCAGCACCUGGUUGCGAACGCCGCCGAUCAAUACGGCCUUACAGAGCAAGACAUAGACGACACCACGAUGGACUGGAGCAAGCAGCAUAGAAUUAUCCCAGCGUUUGGCUGGCACCCGUGGUUCUCUCACCACAUGUAUGAUGAGAGUGAAUAUGGAGGCGUCAAUCCCCUCAAUUCGGAGCAAAAAGCUGCUCACUAUCAAUCUGUAUUGAUACCAAAGUCGAAUGAUCGGGAUUUCCUCGAUACAUUCCCCGACCCGAGGCCAUUGGGUGAAUUCAUUUCUCAGACACGCCAAUAUCUACAGAAAUACCCUCUAGCACUGGUUGGCGAAGUCGGACUGGAUCGUUCGUUUCGGAUACCAGAAGCUUGGCUGCCGGCGGACGUUGAGGAGCGCGAUGAAAAUUUGACUCCGGGCGGUCGUGAAGGCCGCCGUCUUAGUCCAUAUAGAGUCAGCAUGGAUCAUCAGAAGAAGGUACUUUCUGCACAGCUUGCACUUGCUGGUGAGAUGGGAAGGGCCGUAUCAUGUCACGGCGUUGCAGCUCAUGGCAUCGUCUAUGAGACCGUCGCGAAGACCUGGAAAGGGCACGAGCUUAAGCCUCUUUCCAAACGGGCUCGAAAAGAACAGGAAUCUGCAGCAAGACGUAAUGCUGGUGAUGAGGAUCACGAUGACAGUCCUCACCAAGAAACUGGACCAAGAUCAUACCCCCCAAGACUGUGCCUUCACUCCUACUCCGGACCCGCAGAGACCGUGAAGCAGUAUAUUGACUCUAGGGUACCGUGCGAGAUCUUCUUCUCAUUCAGCACGACGAUCAAUUCCUGGUCCGAAGAUGGAAAUGGGAAGGUUGAAGCUGCCGUACAAGCAGUGCCAGAUGACAGAGUACUGGUGGAGAGCGACCUGCACACAGCUGGCGAGCGUAUGGACCAAUAUCUGCAAGAAGCCGUUGAAAAGAUAUGUCAUAUCAAGGGAUGGGAGCUGAAAGACGGCGUGAUCAGACUCGGCCAGAACUGGAGGAGAUUCGCAUUUGGUGAAGACUGAGUCUGUUCAUUGAAAGCAAGCGCUUUGAUGCUGUCGCUCCUAAAAUUCAGUACAGUGCUCAAGACAUCCUCUGGAGCAAGCACCGAGCUGGAAGUCAUGGAUAAAGGCGUGCUCGAUGGGAGCGACGAAAGCUUGGGCGGCUAGCUGACUGGCGAUACUCGCGGUAGUAUGGAGACUCUCGAAGUGUCACUCCCAGGGCCGCAACCGGUCUCAAAGAAUGGCGUGGCAGUCUCGCUAUGCAAGCGCUAUUGAUGCCGAUAUCUCCCGCCACGUCUCGUCUAGCUACCGGGUUGAGCUGGUAGCUGCAAACGCAAGUCUUUUCAUCCGUG